GGCCGCGCAGACCUCUGACGUCACGGCACCAUGGCCGCUGCCGCCUGGUUUCCCGCCUGCAGGAGGAAGGUGGCUUUUCUUCUGUGCCGCGGAGAGCGAUCUUUUGCUUCCCAAACCGAGGGGGAAAUCCGGGUGACCCGAGUCCUUCAGGAGAAAUUCCCCCAGGCUGUUGUGAUUAAAGUCGUCGAUAUCUCAGGUGGUUGUGGAGCAAUGUACGAAAUACAUAUAGAAUCAGAAGAGUUUAAGGAAAAGAGAACAAUUCAACAGCAUCAGAUGGUUAAUCAGCUGUUUACAAUGCCUCCUUCUUCUAGGCUCUUAGUGAAGAAAUUAAAACAAUGCAUGGACUGCGGAUUUUCACUUCUGUUCCCAAGCACAGAAUUGACUGAUAGCAUAUGAAAACUGCCUUUCAGAAGUUGUGAGAAGAUGCCCACUGGAAAAAUCAUAAAACUAGUGGGUUGUAUUCCUGUCUUUCCCCCUUCCAAUCACCAAUGCCUGGUUUCAGCAGCAAAGUUUAUGUCAGGUUGAAAAUUUAGCUCAUGUAAUUGUAUUAGUUUUUUUCAAGAGGACUAGUUGAACUUACAGUAAAAGUCUCCUUAUCCACUGUAUUAAAGCCAAGAAUGAAAAAGAAUAGGAAAAAUAUUUGCAACAUGAUCUUGCUCUUAUUUUAAUUCAAAACUCUUAUCAUGGCUCAGAUGGAAAUUCACUUGAAAUAUAACACAAAUGCCUGCUGCUUUUGUUGAAGUUUCUGAUAAUGGGGGAUGUUAAUAAUUGUAGACUCACAAGUAUUAUAAUUGCUUGAAGUCUAAAAAGCCUUUUUUAUAAAAAGGCUGCUUUUAUACCAAUUCUCGGACAGUCUAGUUUUCUAAGAUUAUCGUUAAAACAAUCCUACUAAUGCAUCAUCAUUAGCUAUGGGCAGGACUGCCUUUUCCUUCUAUUAAGAAGGUGACAUCUGUUGAUCUAUUUAUUACUUUAAAUGUAAUGCCAAAUAAGGUAGAGUUUUAAUGAGAAAUAGUUUGACAUUAUAGCAUUCUGAAGGUGGGAAAUAAAUUUAAAUGUCAUUUUUUUCUUCUAAUUCGAUUAUAAAGCCCUACAUCCUGAUCUCUUUCUGGAAGGACUCUGCAUGCUUAAAAUGUUAUUUGGAGGUUUGCAGGUAAUCUUUGGUUAAUGACCAUUUCUUCAGAGUGAUGACUGUGGUGAAUGAAGAGACUUGAGGCUGUUGCAACAUCCCUGGAAUCACACUAUUGCAAUUCAGUCACUGGGCAACCAGCUCACAUUUACAAUGGUCCCAGUGCCACAUGGUCAGGUGAUCUCCACUGCUGGCUUCUGAAAAGUGAAGUCAGUGGGGAAGCUGGCAGGCGGUCACAGGUGGUAACGUACUUAAUGACUGUGGAGCUUCUGGCAUAAGCCAGCACAGUCAUGUGAUGUCACACUUUAUGAGCAUGCCAUGUCAUGAUGGGAUUCUCAGUCUCAGUCCAUUCCCAUCAUUAACCAAGGACUGCCGGUACUUUGGGCUUAUCCUGAGCACUGCACUAAAGCUUGAAAGGUGCUACAGUUUUCAGAAUCAUUCUUCCUUAAUAGAGUGAUAUUCUUUUUGUACAUUUGUGGGGAAGCUAGAAAAAUAAUCAAACUCAUUUACAAAUAUUCCUCUUAGAAGUAAUACUCAUUUUAAUUUCAAUACUAUUUUCUAUUUUUCUUUUCCACUAAUGGAGAGAACAAAACAGAUGUCAGAUAUAAAAGCCCUUAUGAGCAGUGGUACCUUCAGCUUUCUGACCCAUGCAUACUUUGUGGUUCUGAACUAGGAAGAGCAUAGGAUGACUAGAUGGAAUUUGUGUGCCAUCAAAUCAUUUUUGAAUCCUAGUGAUUACAUUGAAUAUCAUAUAGACUGAUAUUAGUGAAAUCACCUGUUAAGGUAUUAUACAGGGUCUGUAAAGGGGGGGAAGCACCAUAUUGGGGCUCAAUAUUUCAAGGGGGAAGUGCAGUAUUGUGUGAGUAGGUCUAUUCCUCCCUCCUGCAUCAGAGAAGUUGCACCCUCCAUAGCUCUUCUUAGUCACU